CUGUGUCCCAGACCACUUUUCGUUAGCAGCGGCUGAGAUCAGCAAACCCGGCGAUCAUUAGAGCCUCGAUCUCAAGUCUGCCCUCUGAUUUUAUAUGAACAAAAAUCACAACUACAACAAAAAAGAUGGUUGACAGAGAUGAAUCUCCCGUUCCCUUGCGGGAGAAGAUGGGUGAGGAAGAGCUGGGAAACUCGAGUGCAGGGUCUUCGGAUCAGCAUUCUCUCCCCUACCUCCACGACCCUCAUCAUUACCAUCCCAGGCCAGACGAGGACGUCGAGCGCGGAGUUCCCAUGUCAGACGUGGAAACAGACCACAGCGGUGACGAGGACGAAGAUUGUCAUGAUCCCAACGAAAAAGACCACCACGAUGGUCAUCGCCCCUGUGCUCUCGAGACACGGCCAACCUGGGCCCGCUCUCGAAGCCGGAGAGGCAGCCAGACAGACAGCCAGGCCAAUGCCAGCGGUCUGUCGCUCAGUCGUACAAUAUCGCGGAGAGAAACCGUCUUGUCAAGGCUACGGAGCCGACCAAUUCCCCAGUUCAGCCAUCCCUUGACACACCAAAAAACAAGUCCCGCUGAGCUCGUGGACUUUGACGGGCCUGACGAUCCCUACCGCCCUCUGAACUGGUCGACGCACAAAAAAGUCAGCACCACCCUCCUGUACGGCCUCGUCACCAUGACGGCAACAUGGGCCUCCUCCUCGUACUCUGCAGGAACAGAUCAGAUCGCCUCCCAGUUCCGGGUGAGCACCGAGGUGGCCACGCUGGGGACGACACUCUUCCUCCUCGGC